AUGAGUAGAGGCCAUCCUGAGGCUAAGGCCGCCUGCCGUGACAGGCUUUACUCACCACGCGUCGGCUUCCGAGCAGGCCUAGUGAAAGUUUUUCAACGAUACGUGGAGCGAAUCUUCUGCUCUCAAACUCGGAGCACAUCCUCCAUUCAUGCACGCCCCACGUCGUCUCGAUCGAAGAAACAAUCACGGCCGGUGUCCUUGAUCGAGGAAGAGAACCAUGUGGCGAGACAAAUCCGAGACAUCUAUUGCAGGGCUUCGCUGGCCGGAGAUAUUCGGCAUGCGAAGUCCACUAUCGACCUUACCAGCUUUCUGGCCGGUCUACCAGGUAUUGCUGCACCUACCAUCAAGAAAACAAAUCCGGAAGACCUCGUUGAAAGGAUGUUCCCACCCUGGGCUACUUCUUGCGGAGCUCGCCACGUCGCUGCUUGCUUCUGGUCAUGGCUUUGUGUGCUCGACGACCUGACCGAGAACAAAGACACCCGGAUUGCGCUAGAGAAUAUCGUCUCCAUCCUAUCAAGAUCCCCCUACGAUCCCCUGCCUUCGUCUCCCUUGGCCGUGAGUCUCAUGGGGGCUUUCCAUAGUGCAGUACAGACGGCUACUAUUACGAAUCAAAACCCUCUUGAUCCCGUGGAUCCAAUCCGUGAGCCAUGGAAAGAAGUCUUCUGGUCAGAGGUCGCCACUGUUGCGCGCGCCUUGCUGGCAGAACAGGAUCUGGAUGACCAAAAGUUUACCAUGCAGGAGUGGCUGGACUUACGUGUUCUUACAAUUUCUGCACGACCUCUGCUUGUCCUGUUGCAAGCGUCGUUCGGCCUCCCCGCCUCCUCAGGGCCCCUAGUCAUCGGGCCUCUGAAGAACCUGCCGCUGAUCCUAGGGUUACAAAAUGAUAUCCUGGGAUUCGACAAGGACUUCUCCUCAGGCAAUCCACUCUCCGCCGUGCAGCUUCUUAUCCGAGACGGAAUGGACAAGAAGAAGGCGCUUCUGCGCAUCGUCGGUCUCCACAACCGUUUGGUGAUGGAGAUGACGGUGGAUGCAGAGGACUUCGACGGCACCGACCAAGAGAGAGACUUUGUCACUGCAGCGUCGAGAUGGCCCAACGCCAUGGCCCUGUGGAUGGUCUCUUGCGAGCGGUACAAGUGA